AUGCUUCGACUCGAAUCAUAUGUAGCGCCUUUUCUGACGUCUUAUUUGAAGCGCUUCAUUCGAAAUCUUACUAGCGAAGACCUCAAACUUUCAAUAUGGAGUGGGGAAGUAGUCCUUGCGAACCUAGAGAUGCGCCUCGACGUUUUGGAAGCGGAGCUCAAGCUGCCCUUCAAGCUCGAUUCUGGACACAUUCAUGAAUUGCGAAUAAAUAUUCCUUGGAUGGCACUGGGAUCGGAAUCUGUCAAAGUUAAAAUUUCGACGAUUGAACUUUCCGUCAGCUUGAGCAAGGAAGACGAGGAUGAUGAAGAGGGGGAUGAAAAUUUAAACCAGUCGUAUUUGAGCUCUGAAACAGCUUCGCAUCGACAGAAGCCGAAGAUCUCACAGUCAGGAGAAGAUUUGACGCCAGGUUAUUUGGAAAGCCUCUUGUUAAAAAUUGGAAACAACGUCGACGUAGAAAUUCAAAAUCUUAUCCUUAAAUACGUCGAGAAUGACAUCGUUCUCUCCGUCAACAUAAAAAGUGUUCAUCUAUUUCCAUGCGAGGAUGAAAACUGGACUCAUGGCUGGGCGGAGAUUUCUGAGCAUGAUCCUGUUGUUAGGAGGCUCUGCGAAAUCGAAGAUUUAACUGUUUGCUUGGACAAGCGAUCGCCAUCUGGUCAAAUUUCAUAUUAUGAAGAACCAGUCAUUUAUCGAUGUGGCAUUACAAUCCGUCUUCUUGGGUCGUAUUCGUCUCCGUUCCAAAGGGCCCCAGACCGACUGAUCGUUUCAACAAAAAUCAAUCAUGUUUCUGUAUCCCUCAGCGAACAGCAACUUCCUAUGCUCCUGCGGCUCUCCGAGCUAGGGAUGGCUUUGUACUAUGGAAAGUUAAAAACCUUAGCGGACGACACCCCUAUGUCAACGGAAAACCCUGGUGAAAACAUGUCUGUGGACUCGCCAGGGGACGACUCUGGCUGGGUAAGCUGGGCUUGGAACUCCUUAGUUGGCGAAGAAGAAGACGCGGCACAUCCUGGAGAGCAGGGUGCUUCCACUGGAAUAGCUGGCGAUUCUCUAGUUGUCAUCGUCUAG